UUACUUAAUUUAAUCUCGUUUUAGGAUGAUCCGAAGGUUGUUGAGGAAGCAGUACAUGACGCUGUUGACGCUGAAUAUCGACAUUUUGAUUGCGCUUACAUAUAUCAGACUGAAAAGGAAAUCGGCAAAGUAUAUAAUAUUACGCGAGAAGAUCGCGAAAGGGGUCGUGAAGAGGGAGGAUCUGUUCAUCACUACCAAGUUGUGGAACACGUUCCAUAAACGAGAAAACGUGGUGCCGGCUUGCCGAAGAUCCGUGGAAAACUUUGGUCUCGACUACGUGGACCUGUACCUCUGGUACACUGGCCCAUAUCUUAUGCGGUAAAAUUCCACGUUCGAACGCUUCUCGAUGACUCAGAAGAUGUUCGAUCGCGACAUAAUCAUAGUCGUUAGAUAAGAGUCAACGUUAUCGUCGUUAUUGACAUGUUUAUAACGGCAAAAGAAGAAAAAAAUAAAUAUCGCGAUUUUAUUUUGCAAGUGCGUUUCGCGUUACGGUGAAAAUAAAAAUCGCCGUUCCUGCAGCUUACGUCGCGAUUAUUAUUUUAAAGCUUACCUGCCUCUCUUUCUCU